AUGAACCAAACCGCACACGAGAACGUGAUUUCGGUGCUAGCAGCGGAGCAGUUUCGCGAUGCCCGAGGUCUGCACAUGUUGAUUUUGACCGAAUACUGUGUUGGUGGAACCUUGAACGAGCGUCUCACGCGUCGGAGCAGCGAAGAAAUCAACUUCAAGUGGAUUCGUCAAAUGGCAGUAGCCCUUGCCUUCCUCCACUCAAGAAGAAUCGUUCACCGCGACUUGAAAGCCGACAACGUACUGCUGACUGCGACGGAAGAUGUAAAGUUGGCCGACUUUGGUCUGGCCCGAGAAUACAUUGCGCUCAAGCGAAUCGACGCCUCUCGUGACGAUGGGUUGUGGAUGUCAUGCUAUACACAAUAUUACAUGAAUUCAGGAGUUGGCCCCAUACAUUGGGUGGCUCCUGAAUUUUUCAGUGGCCGUUACACCGAGAAAGCCGACGUGUUUUCGCUUGGUACCUUGUUUUUCGCGAUUCUGGAGCGAGAUUUUGUCAUGAUAAAUGGCACACCUAUGUACGGCGCGUUCAAACGUAUUCCUGGAGGGGGCGAAGUUGGCAUUGGGUAUGCAAUGGCGAAUUAUGGUUCAAACAUCACCAUUCAGUUUUCACCCUACGCACAAGGAUCUGGAGCGAUGCAAAGGAUCGCUCUCGACGCGAUGCAGUACAAUAAAAAUGACCGCCCGAGCGCCGAAGAGAUUCAUAACCGAAUCACAAACAUCCAAAGAAGUGUUAGGCUCAGCAAUUCUGGGAAUCAACAAGCAUCAGAAGGAUGGUGCUGUUGACUUUGUGGUCCGCGGAUUUUACUGGAGGCUGCACCGGUCGGUGAGACAAGCAGUCAAGCUGAGUACAGAAUAUUAAGUAAUACCUGUACUAGUUUUAAAGUCUUGCUUACGAGGAUUCAAAGAAUAUUUUACAAAUAGCAACCAAACAUCGGACGCGUUUUAAUGCACAAGGAAGUUCCCCUUUUUUUUUUUUAAUUUACCACCUAAUGAAAGAAACAAUAAACGAAAUAAGGGCAGGCUUUAUUUCCCGUGAAAAUAUAUAUUUCUGAGACGCCAUGAAAAUCCUAUAAAUAGUUACUGCUUCAAAUUAAAGCGGCUAAGUAAAAAAUUGCUUACAUUCAUUUGCGGUUUUCUCAGAAUUAACAUCAGAUAAAUCUUGCGAAAAGAAGCUAGAAACGUGCUUUUUUCAGUUUAGCGAGCGAAUUUAGCGCAUUUGGCGCUCUCGCGGUCUACUUGUGACGAGUCUAUGUUGGCAUUGCGGGGGCCAGGCAUGUUAUCGGAAAUUCAAGUCGUUCAGGUUGACAUAAUCAUAGUUAUGCACCUAUCAAUGUAAACCCCGUCGGGGGGAGUGCGGGCAAGGGGUGGGGAUUUGACAAAUUUUAAAAUUUUUAAAAUUUUUUUGAAACGAAAGGUCAAUCAAAUGUGUCAAAAGAGACCCCACCCCAGGGGAAAAAAUCUCAACAAACAAUACUAUAAUAUUAUAUAAAACGAAUAAAAGAACAUUUCAAAAGUACGUUCUUACUAGUUUUAUUUAAGGUGAACGUAAGCUCCGUUAAGUUACUUGCUGUAAUUAAGUAUUUUCUCUCUCCACUAGCAUUUCUUAUUUUGAACAACAAAAUCACUCCAGGAAGACUGACCGUGCUAUUAUAAUAUAAAUGAAACGUAAAAUGCUUUAUAACACCUGGUCAACAUGUCAGAUCAGUGACUCGUAAAAAAUCCUCUGACUUUCAUGGUGGAAUUCGAUUUCAAUCGAGUUUUACAAUCAGAUGGGAACUUGAAAAUAAAAACUUUCUUAAAAUAGACAUUAUAGACAGUUUAAAGUAUCGGAUUAUGGCUAUUAAAACAAAUGAAAACUUCAUACCUUUCUCCAACAGCGUGACUUUCAGAAAGCCUCGAGAAACGGACCUGGUAACCGCUUCUGAAUUGAUACCAGGAAUACCAGGCUUCUGUCGGUCAAAGUCAAAUGUCCCGACCCCGGGGUCGCUUCGCACGAUCAAAAGCCCGACAGGGGGAUAGUCUCAGGCAUCAAAUCCCCGCCCCUUGCCCGCACCCCCCCACGGGAUUUACAUUGAUAGGUGCAUUAAUCUACUAAGUAUGUGAUAAUCAAUCUUCCAAGUUUAUAAUCACGGCAUUGUAUCUUUUGCACUGCUUCUGUACUGACGAGAUAAUGAAGGAAGUUUUUCUUAAUAAAUGGUGCAACGUUUAAAGUGAAAAAGAAAAGAAAAUGAAGAAAUCAGAAACGGUUACUAAUAUAUAACUCAACAAACAGAAAAUUUUGUUUUCUGCGGCACAUAUCCAAAUUAAGGCAUAUUGGACAUCCGGCCUUAUUCCAAGAAACUGAAGUUGAUGAUUGCUUCCAUUGCUGAGGGAGCCUUCCUGUUCCGGUUCGUUUGUCCAGUUAGAAUUUUUCUAUGCCAUAAGCUGACUAAAAAAAUAAGAAGAAGAAUUCGAAGUUUGGUACUUAAAGGAAAAUGGAGCAAGCCUUUGUAAAUUUUCGCCCAAACGCAGAAGUUUGUUACCUAUCAUAUGCACAACAGCUUCCCUAAUAGUAGCGACCAAAACAGAUUGAAGCGUUUGAAAAGAACUAUUCUACUAAACAACAGCAAAAACUUAAGCUCGCGUUAGGUCGCGUAGCAGUCGUUCCUUUUUACCUAUGCCCUUGCAUGUCUCGUGCGCUAAUCCCGCUUAGCUCAUAGUAAAACUGAACGAAAACGAUGGCCAUGCAGGCUAAGGCUUCGUCGAUGUCUGUUAUGAGUAUGUUACUCAGUGAAGGGUUACAUAAAUUCGUUGGAGGAGGCAAAAAGAAAUUGUUUGUUUCAAAAUAUUUUUUUUUUCAUUAAUCAUCUUUCAAUGAUAUGUUUCAUUUUUUUUCUGAAGCUGGGAGAGAGGUUUUGACCCCUCCAGUCCCUCCCCUGGCUACGUCAUCCAUGAUUUAUUUAGUUUUCUAAGAAAUACAACACUUUGAUUAGUCUUUACACUUGAACCUAAAUAAGCGAAGAAAUAUUUCAAGACAAGUAGAUUUUCAAUACUUCAAGUAAAAUAAAGCUUCACACACAACCGUUUCUUUUUUACUUCUGGUUAACUUAAGGCUAUUUUACCACGCAACAUAAUUAAGAUUAACUGACAUGUUUCGCCUUCUUCAUAGCUCAAUAAACCGUAAUUUCGCUAAGUCGGUUUUAAGGAUGGUUUUCAAGUCACUUGAAACUUUUCUUGAAUCUUAUCAACUUUCCGACUUUAAUUAGAUGCAAAGUAAAAUAACUUGAGAUUUGUCUUGUCUUCAAACGCGUAUCUUUGGGUAAGUAAAACUUAGCAGCUUUGCAAGCGUAAGGUCGAGAUGGUUGGAAAUUGGCCAUUUUUUUUUCCAUUUUAAUGCACGUCGAAGUUCAAGUUCAAAACAAAUCACCAUACUAGCUAGCCAUCUUCACCGAACAAGCUAGCGGGUCAAUAAAGGAUUUACUAUAGGGCCAAAACAAAAUCUGUUCUUGCGGGGCAAAGCGGGAAAUCCCUAGCAUUUUGCACUCUCGGGUAGCCAAUUAGAACGCAGCAUUUGUCCCGCCCCAAUCUCCUCGCGGUUUCUUUGCCCUCGCCCGCCUACUUAGCGCGCCCAACCAAACCCGCCAUGCUACGCGGGCUACAGCAUUCGCUUCACCUGGCCAUAUGAUAAGAUACUUUUUUACAAACACGUUUUCUUAUCACGAGUGGAAAAACGGAAAGAAAAGUAUGCCCUUGAACCUCGGGGUCCCUCUAAAUGUCGGUUCGGGGGCUUUUGGUGAUGUGUACAAAGUGAAGGACAAGGCAACUGGAAUGAAGUAUGCGCUAAAAGAUGUACAUCAAUCAAAAGAGUCGUUAGCUGAAAUGAAAGAAAGUGACAUAUUAGGACAAAUCUCUCACGUAAAUGUGGUUACACUGAUUGCUCGAGACAACAUGAAUCACUUUGAUUUUGAAAGUUCCCACGAACUAAUUUUGAUGGAGUACUGCGCAGGGGGAAUCUUGAACGAACGCCUCCAUCGACCAAGCAGUGAUAUAGUAAACGUAAAGUGGAUGAAGCAAGCCGCCAGUGGCCUUGUCUAUCUUCAUGAACAGAAUGUAGUCCAUCACGAUCUGAAAACUGAGAAUGUGCUGUUAACCGAAACUGAGGAUGUAAAUCUUGCUGAUUUUGGUUUAGCAAGACCUUUCAUCGCACUGAAAAACAGGAAAACAAAUCCGCCAUCACGGUUUUGUGAUGACUCAUUGCUGGCAGAAUAUUACAUGAAUUCACAAGUUGGAACACCCCACUGGAUGGCUCCAGACGUUUUUGAAGGGCAUUACACAGAAAGAGCCGACGUGUUUUCCCUUGGUGCCAUUUUCUUUGCGAUCCUGCAAAGGGAUUGUGUUGAUGUGAAUGGUAAAAGAUUUUAUGGUGUGUUUCAUCGAGUAGGUGACAAAGAGGUGGGGCCUUGGUUAUGA